GUUCCAUAAUCUAGUUUCAUAAUGUUUCUACCAACUGAAUCACGAAUAUACAAUACUCCUAACGUAUACUUCGUUGUGGUCUGUUUUAGUUACCCUUGGAGUAAAUGUGUUGUAAAUUCAAAAUGUGUGUUGCAAAAGGUCGUGCAUUGUCCAUUUCUAAAAAUACUUUUUUACCACAUUUACAAAAGGUUUGGUUUCAGAUUAUGCACAUUCCUCAACUGCGUGCACAAUCUGAAUAUUUAGCCUUGGCUGCCGAACAAUAUAUAAAAAAUAAAUUAUUUUCUUCCCUGCACCUUUCUUGGAUUUGUGUGUGUAUCAGAUCUAAAGUAUAAGAAAAUACAAUUUCCACGCGUGACAGCUAUUGCGCUUGUGCAGACCCAAUUGACAAUUGAAGUUCGAGUGGACAAUGGUCAAGCGAUUUGAUCUACGUGCAUACUACAUGGAAGUUGAUCUACUAGCCAGCCUACCCGCUAACCUUCUGGUGCUUAAUAUGUAGCACACACAUUUGGGCGAUCAUUGGGAAGGAGGUUAUGUGCGGAUCAAGGGAACAACUAGUUGUCCAACCGUAGAGGUAGACCCCCGAGCCACCCACACACGACCUGAGCAACCCCAAGGGGUGCAUGUUACACACCAACUGGCCAAGUGGCUAGCUGGUCACCCUCGGACCACGUCCAUACCUCAAUGUAUGGACGCCUCAUUGGGCGCUUACAAAUACACCUACAAAUCAAAAUGAACCACGUUUACUCAACCCUGGCAACCCGACUUCCUGUCCCGAACUAGUAUAUCCACACUAUAUAUUUAUGUCUUUAGAAUGAGUAGUGCACGUCGACUAAAGUAACACAUAGCGCAAGUGAGUCAACGGAGCAGCUCAAUAAGUUCAGCAUCGAAGCAUCAAUCUCGGCAACAACCCAUGCCGAGCCGGUAUCCCGAACCAAAAGUAAAUGGAUAGUACUAGAUUGACGUCAAGGUUCAUUACACAGUGAUAAUCAAUCAAAUAUCAGCAACUGCCUCCGGCCAGGUGGAUAAAAUCAAAGCACCGCAUCUCUAAUUUAAACAUCUCUGUGGUCAAGUUAUCAAGGACACUUAAUAAACUGGAAAUGGGUCUAAGGAUAAAUAAUAAGAAUUGUUAGUAAAGGUAAUUUGGAGAAGUAUAAAAUCUUAUGGAGCAUAUCAAUUCAGAAUACAUGGAUAUUCUAAAAAGUUGAACGGAAAAAUGAUGGGACCCACCGAAGGAACAAAAUAAGUUUUACACUGACCUUAUUGUACUUUUUCUGAAAAUUUGAGAACCCUCUUAAGUAAUCCCCACAGCUUCAAUCCACAAACCAAGUGUCCACAAACCAAGUGUCCA